CCCCAAACUCACAAUCCAUCCCUCCCCCGCCCACCCUCCUCCUUGGCAACCACAGGUCUGAUGUCACAUCCCGAUAUCUGUCGGUACCCAGGUCCUCUUCUAGACUUUGUAUUCUGUGCCAUCAAGUUGCUUAUGUAACUUUACUCCCAGUUUUAGAUUUUGAAGCUGUACACUAUGUUGAAUCUUUAUAGCACCGUGGUUAAGAGUGUGGACUCUGAAACAGGUCCCCUGGGUUUCUAUCUUCGCUCUCCCCUUCCCUCAGACCGCGAAGUACGGUAACGCUAAGCUCCUGGCCCUGCUGAAUCUGCUUGGCUACCAGUGACCUCCCUCCACCCACAGCAAAGCUGGUUUGGCCUGGUACCUGGGACCCCUAGGGAUCCUCCUUGGAGAACAGACUUGGAGAGAAAAUGCUCCAAGGAGGCAGGGAUGUUGGGGUGAAAAAGGAGGGGGAAGAACUGAACUGUUCUUCCCACUUCAGCGCGAAUCGUUAGGUUUCAAAGCUCUUGGGAAGCGGGAGUGCGGGGGAAGGAGGCUCCCUUCAGAGAGAGGCCAAGAGAGCCCCCCCAGAUGGGAGCAUCUCCAGGGCAAAUUGCCUAAAUCACCUUCCGGCUACAGUGAAAUGUUAAAGCGACGGUGGCUCCCACUGACCCUCGCAUCUCGUCCUCCCGUCGCGCGCCCAGGCUGCCCGUCACCCCCACCCCCAAGCGCUCGCAGAGGCGACCGCUCUUGGGUCUUAACCAGACUCGCGCGUCAGUGACGGGUAAAGCGGGGUGCGGUAGUCCUGGUCCCUCUCCCGGAGUCCGGCUUCCGUUCCCCGGGUUCCCACCCCUCCGCCUCUGGACGCAGACCUCGGAGCUUCCCCUCCCAUCUCCCUUUCUUUCUAGGAAUUGAGGGAUCCUGGCCUCCCCCGGCGGGUGGAAGGGGCGGGGUAGUUGUAGACAACCAGAGGAGCCGCAGUCCCUUGGCCCUCUCGCUGCCUCCCCGCUCCACCCCCUUCUCUCCCCUCCAUCGGUUUCGGAAGGGCCCACCCUGGAGACAACUACUUCCCCUGCCGGGGAUGGGGGCUGAGGCCGGUGGGGUUCGGAUGCGGUAGGCGAGUCCUUCACUGGCCGGCGGCUCCGCGGUGGCCUCCUGGUACUCUCCCGUCUCGACCAAAGAGUUUCUUAGCUGGCUCUCAAACAGGCUGUCGCUCCUUUGUUUCUCUGAGGGCCUGGCGGAGAAUAGACAGAGCAGGGGACACGGAGGCCAAGAAACAUCAGGUGCACAGAUCCUGACUGGGUCCGACUGGUGACAGAGACUAUUAUCUGAGGCGGGUGCACCCUGGGCUGACACUUCCCUGGGGUGAAAGGAGAGGGGGCAUCCCCAACCGGCAACCAAGUAAAUUGCAGAUUCCCUCAGGAGUUAGUGGCCUAUAAGAAGAAAGUCAUGGAGUCCCUUGAAGAAAUAUCAGAGGACGAGGUCCCCAAAGAACACAAGACUUCCUCGACCCCAUCCUGGAAGCUCUCGGCCAAGGAGAUUCUGGCCGCCAAGACCCAAAACUACUUUGCUCAGACUAAAAGAACCGAGAACGUCUUGGUCCAGGUGGCCUUCUCCGUUGGGCUAAGCAGCAUAUGGCGUUUCCCAUACCUGUGUCAUCGGAAUGGAGGCGGCAGCUUCAUCCUGAUGUACUUCUUCAUGCUGCUCCUGUUCGGGAUUCCCCUCUUGUACAUGGAGAUGAUCAUGGGGAAGUGGCUGCGUGUGGACAACAUCCGGGUCUGGAAGCAGCUUGUCCCCUGGCUGGGUGGCAUCGGCUACGCCGGCUUACUGGUGUGCACCUUAGUGAGCCUGUAUAACAGCAGCAUCGUCACCUGGAGCCUCUCCUACUUGGGCAACUCCUUUGAUCAUCCCCUGCCCUGGAACCAGUGCCCACCGAUGAAGAGCACCAACGUUACCGAUGUCACCUGCCUUCGGACGGUGUCCCACCAGUACUUCUGGUACCACCACACCCUGAAUGCCUCCAACAACAUUGAAGAAGGGUUUGAGGUCCUCGUCCUGAAUCUCAGUUUGGGCAUCUUUGCGGUCUGGCUCCUCCUCUUCUUAAUCUUGGUUACAGGGCUCAAGAUGUCAAUGCAGAUGCUGGUGUUCUCAGUAUUACUGCCCUACAUCACGCUCCUCUGCUUCCUCAUCCGAGGGCUCCUCUUGGAAGGUGCCACCACCAGCCUCAGACGUAUGGUGACCACAGAGCUCUCGGCCUGGGCCUCGCUGGACCUGUGGUGUCAGGCAGGAGGCCACGUGCUCUACUCCCUGGGCCUGGGCAUGGGCACUAUCAUCUUAUUCUCCUACGACGCUGGAGGUGACAACUAUGCCCAGGUGGCCUCUCUGGUGGCCCUGGUCAACCUGGUGACCUCAUUGCUGACCACAUCCAUCAUCUUUAUAGUGCUGGGGUUCUGGACCACCACCAGUGGCCACGCCUGUGUCAAGCAGAGUGUCUCCAAGCUGAUGAAACUAAUAGAACAGGGGGUGCUGUCUCAGGAUGCCAUGCCCCCGGAAGACAUCCUGCUCCUGCCCUCCCUGGACUACCUGGACUGGAUCAGCAGCCUCCCAGACCACCUCCAGCACCAGAUUGUCUACUUCUCCCCCUCCUGCAGCAUCAAGGCGCAGAAGGAGAAGUUCAUGGAGGGCCCCGGCCUGGCCUUUGCAGCCUUCUCCCAGAUCAUCUCAUUGUUCCCUGGUGCCUCUUUCUGGGCCAUCCUCUUCUUCAUGGGCCUGCUCAUCAUAGGGCUGAGCACCUUGAUGAAGCUCUUGGAAGGCAUCGUCUCUCCCAUUCAGAACUCCAUCUCCAUCUUCAGGGAUUAUCCCAGGAUGCUCUCAGGUAUGGGGCUCCUCACCCCAGUGACCACCUUGCCCUGGCACCCCUCCUCACCAGGCCACCCCCAGUCUCCAGGGCUCACUUUGACCCCUGACCCAGCCCUACACACAGACCUCAGUGGGGCCAAACCUGCCUCUGCCUUAGCCAUCAUCUGCUUGGGAGGUUUUCUGGGCAGCCUCGUCUUCACCAGUCGUGCUGGCAGCUACGUCAUGUCAUUGUUUGACGACUACCUGGUCCCAAUAAGCAUCAUCAUCGUUGUGGCCUUCCAGAACAUGGCCCUGGUCUGGAUCUACGGAGCUAGGAGGUUUCGGGAAGAGCUGUUCAGUGAGCUAGGCCACCCUCUGUGGCCCUUCCCCACAUUCCUGUGGUGCUACGUGACGCUGCCGGGGCUGCUGGCCCUCCUCGCCCUCUGCCUGGUGCAGUUCUACCAGAGCACACACCUCUACUACAUCGCCUGGGACAGCAGUGCGAGCCAGGAAGUAAAACAGCCCUACCUGCAGAGGACUCUGGGCUGGGUCACCUUUCUCAGCAUCCUCACCUUUCUGCCAAUCCCAAUCCACCCACUUCGCCAGUGGUGGUGCCUCCCGGACUGUAUGGCCCCUGAUCCCUUAGAAAAUCUAAUGUCCAAGAAGAUGACCUUGGUGUCCCCCCAGCCGGGGGCCGAACUGGGGCUCCUGGCACUUCAGCCCGGCCUCAAGUAG